GAAGUUGUUGCUGCGGGCUUCCGGUUCCUGUCCUCCGCGCGUGUCGCUUGCGCCUCAGCAGGGUUGCAGCCAUUGCGCACGGAAGCGGGUCUCGGCCGCUGGGGCGGGAGGCACAGUCAUGCCCCGGUAUUACGAGGACAAGCCGGAGGGCGGCGCGUGCGCGGGCGUGAAGGAGGACCUGGGCGCAUGUCUGCUGCAGUCGGACUGUGUGCUCCAGGAAGGAAAAUCCCCUCGACAGUGUCUGAAGGAAGGAAACUGCAAAGCUCUGAAAUACUCAUUUUUUGAAUGUAAAAGAUCAAUGGUAAGAGGUUAAAGCUUUUGAAAAGCUUAUGUUAAAAAUUAG